ACAGGAUUUUUGGUGGGCGGUAAGACUGAAACCCCCGAACAAAUCUUAAGUACGCAAAAACUCAAACGUUGAUUGGACGAACCGAACACACAGACACACAAACGGACAAAAAUAAUAAUAAUAAUAACAAGGCUAACCAGCUAAGCAGUUUAGGAUUGCUUUAAAAAAAAACACGUGUUCGUUUGACUUGAUGACCCAAAAGAAGCUUCCAACAAGAAAUCUUGCUUGCUUAUUGCCCUAAUCUCUUUUGUCUCUACUUUCUCAAGUUUCGAAUGGAAAAACGAUGAUUAUUGUUUUGCUCUAAAUUUAGUUCAACUCAAUUGAAUUCAGAAACAUAGUUCGUUAAUUCAGAUUUUGAAUGAUAGUGAGGAACUUGGAAACUGAAAUGCCUGGUCGUCGGCUUUUUUCUCGAAUAGAUACUUUAGAGCUGAAAUCUUUGAUUGAAAGGAAGAUUGGGCGUAUAAAAGCGGAGAAGUACUUCAAUCUGCUCACUAGAUUUUUGAGUCUUAAGAUUGCCAAACCUGAGUUUGAUAGGCUUUGCAUUGGUACAAUAGGGAGAGAAAAUGUUCGAAUUCAUAAUCAUCUCCUCAGAUCAGUUGUUAGAAAUGCUUCACUUUCGAAGACUCCCCCACUGAGAGAGAACAAAUUGGAAGGUUCUUUAAGUGUUAAAGUGGCAAAUGGGUAUCAAAGAAGUAAUCUGCAGUCACUGUGUAAAGACUUUCCUCAAUCCCCUCAUAAGGGCAGGACUCCAAAUCUUCGUGAUUGCAAGUUCAGGGACCGUCUGAGUCCUUUAGGGCCUCAUGGGAAGAGCCAUGGUACAGCUUGUGAAGAUGCUGUUCUUAAAGCUCAAGAACAGCAGAGUGCUACUGAGUUGCUUUCUUUGGGUAGCAGACCACCUGGUUCUGUGGAGGAUGGAGAAGAGGUUGAUCAAGCUGCAGGGAGUCCAAGCAUUCACAGUAGGAGUCCUGUUAGAGCUCCACUUGGCAUAUCUUUGAAUGCUAAAGGAAUGCGAAAAGUGCCAUGGAAUGGAUUGCCAUCUGCUUCUGAGACUUGUCAUUUCAGGGGUGAGCUACCUGAUAGUGGUUCUUUGAGGAAGAGGUUGGAACAGAAGUUGGAGAUGGAGGGAUUAAACAUCUCAGUAGAUUGUGCCAAUUUGUUGAACAAUAGCCUUGACAUUUUCAUGAAGAGAUUGAUAAAACCCUGUUUGGAACUGGCUGGUUCAAGGUCUGGACAGAAACUUAUUGACCAAGCUCAUAAUUGGUCCAUGGCCUCUUUAAAUGGGAUGCAGCCUGUGAGAUGUGCACAAAAACAAAGUGGGUCCAUUUCAGCAUCAAUGUUAGACUUUCGAGUUGCGAUGGAGCUAAAUCCCCUGAUUCUUGGAGUAGGCUGGCCAAUACAACUUGAGAAGGUGUGCCUGCUUGCUUCAGAAGAGUGAACCAGAAUUGGUUGUCCCAAUGAUUUGGGUUGGACCAUAUUCCGGCCAUAGCAAUUUUGAGAUAUUUCAAUCAUAAAGUCCAAUCUAACAUUGAUCUUUAUCAUACCAUUUUUAUAGAACAGAUGAAGUGAAUAAGUAUAAAGGCUACAGGAAUUUUGGAUCAAGCAGAUAAGAUUGUAUAUAGGUCAUGGCCCUGAUUUAUCCUGGAGAUGUGACAUCUUAACAUGAUGAAGUCCAACUAUAUUGACAUUUUUUAAGAAUCUAUCUGUUACAAAUAGGUUAGCAGCCAUCCCACCCUGAUUUCUAUAGUUUUCUGUUGCUCGAGUGAACGCUUAUUUUAAAAUAAUAAAGUGUAUCUUUGAGUUUUCUGGCCUUUUAUUGUUGAAUUUGUCAUGUGAGCUUUAAUAAUUUACUUUUUUUUUUCCUCUGAGAUGGUCAAUGAUUUUCUUAUAUAUAGAUUUGUUCUUCUGUCUGUUUGUUUGUUUAUUGUCUGGCCACCAUAAACUCAUUUAAUGUAGUAGGUUUUGGGUGCUACAUGGCAAUAAAUUUAUUUCAUUCAUUCUAUAUCGAUAUCAGAGCAUUGGAAUGCAAAAAUCAUUCUGUUGAGGGGAGCUUACAUUAGAUUGAAUGCUUUUCAUUCAUCUUAUUUCCUUCUCCUUGCCUCUUUAUCAGCAAUUGCUUUGAAUCAUAAAAUUGUGAAAGUCUGUCAUACUUACCUUGUGAGAUCAGUCUGUAAAGUCUGUCAUACUUACCCUGUGAGAUCAGUCUGUUUUCCUUCUCAUGGCAUAUGAGUGCUGAAUUUAAACCUUUUGCGGCUUAUUUGUUGGUUUAUUUGGGCACGUAGAUCAAACAAUAGAGGACAUGGUUUUGUAGAAGCCAUUUAUUUUAUAAGCUUGUACAUGUAUGGCUUAUAGAAGCCAUAUGGAAAGUGCAAGAAAAAAUGGUCUAAAUCUAUCAAUUCUUGCUUCUUAUUUUUUCUCAUUUAAGAAUCUUCCAUGCUAUUUUGAUGCACAUCAACAUAGCAAUAAGAUCUGUUUGGACAAUGGAUCAUGAUCUAUGGAUCAAGUUGAAUUUCCAGCGAGUUUGAAUAUUAUACUUUUUUAUUUCAAAACUUAAUAAAGGGAAAAAAAAAACUUGUUUCAAGUGUUGUGCAACUAGAGAAAGCAUGUGUUGGAAAUUCUGGAAAUUGUGUUGCCUGUGAUACCAUUGUAACGAGUAAUGUGAAGAAAAGGGCACUAUAUUUCUUACGCAGUAGACAUUAUCACAUCUUUUAGAUGUCAAAACUUGUUGUUCCCUUUAAGACGAAGAACCUGGUGGCUCUCUUGCAUUAUUACUUUUCUUAUGACAUCUUUUGUUCAUUGAAUACUUGGCCUGCAUGGCUUGGAUAUUGAAUUUAAUGCUUCUUUGAAGUAGUCCUGAAGCCCAAUGAAAAACCCCAAAGUUUCUAGCUACCUUUCCUAACAGUUGAUGAAACGAUGCAUUGUUAAUAUUCUGAAAGAUAUUUUAGUAUUGUGACUCAAAUUUUGAUGUGUGGUAAAGCUCGAAGAUCCAGGGAGGACAUACAGGAAACAGAAAUAGCAGCCUGUGUUACAGGAUUUCAAAACGUGAAAAUUUUGAUAAAUU